AUGACCCACACAAAAGGGGUUGGAGAUAUGGAAAACAAGAUUCAACCGAAAGGUUCCGCGCAACUGUCGAUUAAUGGCGAGACCUAUGACCUGCCUGUGUAUGGCGGCUCGCUGGGUCCGGACGUGAUCGACAUCCGCGCGCUGUACAAGAAUGCGGGCGUUUUCACCUUUGACCCCGGCUUCACCUCCACCGCGUCAUGCGAAAGCCAGAUCACCUAUAUCGAUGGCGAUGAAGGCACGCUUCUGUAUCGCGGUUAUCCGAUCGAUCAGCUGGCCGACAACGCCAGCUUCAUCGAAGUGGCCUAUCUGCUGCAAAACGGUGAGCUGCCGAACGCCAAGGAACUCGAAGAGUUUGACUGGACGAUCCGCCGCCACACCAUGCUGCAUGACCAGUUCGACCAGUUCUUCCGCGGCUUCCGCCGUGACGCCCACCCGAUGGCGAUCAUGGUCGGAACGGUUGGCGCGCUGUCGGCCUUCUAUCAUGACUCCACGGACGUCAAUGACCCGCAGGCCCGCCUGAUCGCGUCCCACCGCAUGAUCGCCAAGAUGCCGACCAUCGCGGCGCGCGCCUACAAAUACCACAUCGGCCAGCCCUUCGUGGCGCCGCAGAACGAUCUCGACUAUGCGUCGAACUUCCUGCAGAUGUGCUUUGCUGUCCCGGCGGAAAAAUACGAGGUGUCCCCGACCCUCGCCCGCGCCAUGGACAAGAUCUUCACCCUGCACGCCGACCACGAACAGAACGCGUCGACCUCGACCGUGCGUCUGGCCGGCUCUUCGGGCGCCAAUCCGUUCGCCUGCAUCGCAGCCGGCAUCGCCUCGCUGUGGGGCCCGGCCCAUGGCGGCGCGAACGAAGCGGCUCUGAACAUGCUGCGUGAGAUCGGCUCGGUGGACAAUAUCCCCGAAUAUGUCGCGAAAGCCAAAGACAAGAACGAUCCGUUCCGUCUGAUGGGCUUUGGUCACCGCGUGUACAAGAACUAUGACCCGCGCGCCAAGGUGAUGCGCGAGACCUGCCACGCCGUGCUUGACGAGCUGGGCGUGCGCAAUGAUCCGCUGCUGGCUGUCGCCAUGGAGCUGGAGAAGAUCGCGCUUGAGGACGAGUACUUCGUCGAGAAGAAGCUCUAUCCGAACAUCGACUUCUAUUCGGGCAUCACCCUGAAGGCGAUGGGCUUCCCGACCGAGAUGUUCACCGUGCUGUUCGCCCUGGCCCGCACCGUCGGCUGGAUCGCGCAAUGGUCGGAAAUGAUCGAGGAUCCGAGCCAGAAGAUCGGUCGUCCGCGUCAGGCCUUCACCGGCGCGACGCAGCGCGAUUUCGUGGCGAUCGACAAGCGCUAG